AUGCUACGGCCCGGAUGUAAUACAAGAUUAGUUUAUUUCAAAAGAGAUGUGAUACGACGUAAUCUAUACGUUCCUAGUGCUAACAAGUUUGAUACCGUCCCCAUACAAGAAUUAGGAAGAUUUCAUGACAAUCAAAAUGUGAUAGAAUCAAAAAUACAGCUCAAAAGAAGACAACUUCAGAAACGCAACAACAGUCCGCUUCAAGGUAAGGACAAAGACAAUUACAAAGAAAAUUUAAACUCGUUGAGGAAUUUAUCAAAAGACGUCUCCCACUUGUUAAGGGGAGAUGCAAAUUCAAUGGAUGAGCAGAUGGACCCUAAAGUUACUGAUCAGAUCUAUAAUGAGUUACAUCUCAGCAAUAAUUCAAUGUUGAAAGCUGCAGAUAAUGGAUUGACAACGAAGGAUAAUAAUAUGGAGUUCCCAAAAGAAAUCAUUGAAAAUUUGGGUUUGGUAUAUUCGUAUUUGAAUCCUAACGACCAAACUACUUCCACAUAUUGGGAUUUGAUUGUAUCUCAGCUUCAGAUCGGUGAUGGAUUUUUGAAUAUAUCUUCAUCUGCUAUAAAUAACUUCAUAAAGUGCAUUCCUUUACGUGAAUUAAAAAGGUUAUUACCUGUUUUUCAAAAAAUCUUCUCUUCCAAGAAUACACCAAUUCCCAAAAAUACUCAAUUUUUGUUUUUUAAAUCUUUAGCUACAGGUGGUAAUAUACUGGAAAAUGACAUUCAAUUGAUGGAAAAAUAUUUUGAAAAUUUUGCAACUAAUAAGGAGCUAAAACUAGAUAUAUAUGAGACUAUGAUAUGUGCUUACACUAAAUGCGGUGAGAUGACUAAAGUUGAAAAACUAUUAAAAGAAAUGAGACUAAAUAAAAUUGAAAUUUCCAAAUCAAUUUUCACAUCGAUACUCCAAGGCUACAUAUUCUACGAAAAAGACUUCAACAAAGCGUUGGAAACAUUCGACGCGAUGAAAUUUUUAUCCAGUAGUACUCGACCAACUCAUAGAACCUAUACAGAUAUGAUUGUUGCAUGUGUGAUGAAUCGAAAAAUUGAAAAAGCUUUAGAUUUGUAUAAUGAAAUGUUGGACAAUAAAAUGGAGAUUAACCAAAACAUAUUAGCAGCAUUAGCUAGAGGUUGCUCCAGUUCAAAACAAUUUGCAUCAAAAUCUUGGGAGUACAUCUUUAAAAUAUACGAAAAUGGAAUAUCACCUAACUUACAUACUUUUGAAUGCAUGUUACAUAUGUCUGGUUUGGAGGGUGACGUGGAUUUGUCUCGAGCUUUAUUUCAGAAGCUAGUUGAAGCUGGUUCUGUCACAUCGAAAUCAAUUGUAUUUUUGAUGAUGUCUUACUCAAAUUUUCUGAAUACUGGAAAAAAUAGCAAGAUAAUGCAAAGCGACAGGGGUAGAUUAUUUCGGCAUAACAUAAUCGAAAAGGUAGAUUUCAUGAAACCCAUCACUGAGUUCCCUUUUCUUCCCGUUAAAAGCUUAUCCACUAACGAAUUGAUUUUAGCUGAGUCGUCAGCAUUAGUUUCUUUUAUUAUUGACAAUAGGAUUCGGAUGUUAUCUUAUCAAUUGGUAUCUUGUUUUUUAAAUAUUUUAAUUAAAUUUGGUACGUUUGACCAGUUUAAGACAGUUUACAACAACACAACAUUUCCAGUACUUGCUUCAAAAACGAGGAAAUUCUCAGCUGAUGUGGAUACUUCAGAUAUGGGAGAAUCACAAGAAUCAGGUCAAUUUGAAUUGACUGAUACAGAUUUGGCUUCCGAAACCAAACAACAAGGUGACAUCUCAACUAAGCUUCCACGAGAUACAAUCAUCCACGUCAUUGCAUUAAAAGCAGCAUCGACUUUCAAAAAUCUAGAAUUCGCAGAAGAGCUAAUUUUAGAACGAGGACAGUACAGAAAGACUUCAAAAUUUCAAAAAAUGUCCAAAAAAUCCCAAAUUCAGUCAGAUUUUGAUUUUAGUAAAGGGUUAGUCAACUUUUAUAUUGAUAUGAAAAUGUUAAAUGAUGCGUUGGCAGUUGUUUUGCUGUCCGAAGAUAGAUUUAUUUGGAGUUGGAAAGAGUUGGGAGGUUUAGUAGGAGCUGCAUUGAAGAUUGAUGAUUUCAAAUUAGCUCAAGAUGUGAAAAUGGUGAUAAAGAAAUCGAAAAAUAAAGUUGUUAGGUAG